AUGACGAGCGUGGGGCCAACUGCAACCGCCAGCGUCACGACAUUACAAGCCAGCAACAUCUUUGUCGCCAUUGCGACCGACGCGCCACCAGCGCAAGUCACCUCGCGAACAGAUCACCCGGUGCCAACUCUUGGCAUUCAGCCGCAACAAGAACGCAUAGAGACGAACAAGUUCUAUGCCAAUUUCUUCCUUGGCGACCAACAGGCAGGCACCUGGACUCAUCCUUAUUCAGUGUCAUGGUCGAAGGGUCAAGGUGAGACUGGCAGUUGGGGCAUGGCGAUUUCUCACAUCGAGCGGGACCAGCUCGCGGGUAAUGGAACCGCGGACCCUACCAAAGAUGCUGGCCAAGUCGGCUUCAUUGCUGCACCUGUUGGACUUCAAUCUCUCGUACUCUCUGCUGCCGAACUUGAUACUGGCACCACACUGACAACAGAUUCCUUGACAGGCUUCUCCGCCAACGUCAACCUCAUCCCCAGCGGAGCGGCGAACCCGGUGAUAACGUUUCCACUGGUUCAAGGCAUGGCCUUCGUUACCGCUGAGUACAACGGGGGUACGCCAGUCAUUGAAUCUGGCAUCGGGAUCCAAAGCGUCAUGUACGUCGGCGCUGUCAAUGGCGGCAGUACCUACAAGUACCGAGUCACGCUUGCGAACACCUUUAAUUGGCUCAUCUACGUCUCACCUGCAAGCUCGACCUACAACACGAAUGCGUUCACUAUGUUGAGCUCAGGAGAGAUCCAAGGACCCUCUGGCUUUGGUGGCUACAUCCAGGUUGCUAAGGUGCCAGCCAACACCGCAGAUGCGGAAUCCGACUACGACAACUCAGCCGGCGUAUAUGCGACUACCGCAAACAUCAGCGGUUCGGUCCAGGGUACCGAAGGUAGCUACAGCCUCUCGUGGACGAAGGCUGGCGCCACGAGCCGCACGCUGCUCAUGUUCGCAUUGCCGCACCACGUAAGUUCCUUCUCAGCCGCUACAUCUGCGGGAAUCACCGAUGUACAGCUUGUUACCACGACGAAGGGAUACGCAACCGCUGUCCUUGCUGACUCCUGGACCCUUGUCGAGCCGAAUCUGCCGAUUGACAUGGACUUCCUACCAUGGUCGCCAGAUCAAGGUAGCAUCGAUUCCGUGUCCGCAGCCGCUGCGGCGGCGAUCAAUGCUGCUGGUACCUCGGAACUGUCUCAGAACGUGUCUGCUCAAUCGAACGUUGGCAGUCUGUACUAUGACGGUAAAGGACUGGCCAAGUUUGCUGCCAUCAUAAUUGCCGUCAACAACCUUGCCGGGAAUAGCUCGCUUGCGCUCACUGGUCUUCAGCAGCUCGAGGCUGCAUUUGAGUUUCAUGUCAACAACCAGAUGCCAACCCCACUUGUGUACGAUGCAGUCUGGGGCGGCGCAGUCAGUGUAGGCAGUUACGGCAACGACAACUCGGGAGUCGAUUUCGGCAACACAUACUACAACGAUCACCACUUCCACUUUGGUUACUUCGUCUACACCGCUGCGGUCAUAGCCUACAUGCGCCCGGCCUGGCUUAACGAAGGGACCAAUAAAGCCUGGGUGAACAUGCUGGUCCGCGACUAUGCCAACCCAAUCAACAACGACCCGUACUUCCCGUUCCAGCGGAUGUUCGAUUGGUAUCACGGCCACUCUUGGGCGCACGGCUUGAUCGAGACCGCAGACGGCAAGGAUCAGGAGAGCUCCAGUGAAGAUACAAUGUCCAUCUAUGCCAUUAAGAUGUGGGGCCAGAUCAUUGGCGACAAUAACAUGGAAGCCCGCGGCAACCUUAUGCUUGGCCUCCAAGCAAGGAGUCUGCAAAACUACUACCUGUAUACAAGCAACAACACUGUCGAGCCGUCGUGGUUCAUUGGCAACAAGGCUGGAGGCAUCGUGUUCGAGAACAAGAUCGAUCAUACCACCUACUUUGGUGCAGUGCCAGAGUACAUCGAAGGAAUCCAGAUGCUGCCACUUCUGCCGAGCAGCACCUUGACCCGGACGGAGACUUUCACUUCGGAGGAAUGGGAUGCCUACUUCGGCAACGGUGGCUUGAAGCCCGUUGCCCAGGUCACUGGAGGCUGGAGAGGUAUCCUCGAGGCUAACCGGGCCAUCUUCGACCCUGCGACAAGCUACGAAUUUUUCAGCGACCCCAACUUCGACGACACGUACUUGGACGGUGGCGCCAGUCAGACCUGGUAUCUGGCGUUCUCUGCCGCUCUGGGUGGCAGUUCUUGA